GGGAAUUGAUAUAGUGGGAGAGUGAGGGAGAGAGAGGUGGUUACGUGGAGCAGCACCCCACUUCAUCAGGCAGCAUACGGCAGCCCUGCAGUGCGAUCACACAUAGUAUGGGAAUGGGGCUGUGAGAUUGAGAGCAAGAGAAAGAAAGCACAGAGAGACGAGAGCGAGGAGGGAAGGGAGUUAAAAAAGAAGCGCUUGAGGGAUUUGCUCGGAUGAGAAGGGGGGAUGGUCUGAGUCUGUUGCCUGUCGUGGAUGUGAGAAGGACGUGGCGGCAGUGGCUAAGGUUGAGGCAGAUCUUUGGUUCUCCUGUGUAGAAGUAGCCGGCGUCAGGACGUUAUGCCCUGUGAGCAGUGAGGGGUAGCGUGUGUGAGCCAGGAGCAGCUGCUGUGACUGCAUCUGCGCUGCCUGCAUGUCUCAGACAGGCAGGGGAUGCAGCAAACCUCUGCCCUGAGCACAGAGGCUGCUAGCUGUACCCAGCGGGGGGAAGAACCAGGUGGGCUGGGGUGGGAGAUAGGGGGGGCGCCUGCCUCGGGAAGGAGCUAGCUUAACCUGUUCUGUGGUCCUGCAGUUAUUCUCGCUUCAGAGUCAAAAAGGCUCACCUGCCAUCUGUUGGAUCUGGACCUGGAUUUGCAGCUGUGAGAGAUGAGAAGCACGUUCUCUGGCAGAGCCGCACAACCAGCAGCCUGCUGAAGAGUGUACAUGCUGGGCAGCACUGGCACUACCAAGGACACCAAGCCUUUUUUCAACUGGCAGGCAGCUUACCAGGAGCUUUAUCAAGGAAUAUAUAUUUGGAUUUGAUUAUGAAUUGAGGAGUUUGGAAUCAGCACACUGUGGGUGGAAAUCCCAAGCCAGCGUUUCUUUCUUUCUUUGUUUUUGAUGUAGGAUUUACAAUACGUCUACCUGACCGUACUCCUUUUUGGCUCUGGAGUGAAAACAAAAGAUGAUUUAAGCGAAUGUGUUUUCCUUGAUCAAAAAUAACAUUAGUACCUCAACAGCACUUUAGAAUGCUGCUACCUUCAUUGCAUGAGCCGUGUCCUAGCUCUCAAAGAGAUUGACCAAUGAAGCCAUGGGACUCAGCCAGAGCUUUACAAAUGGGGCCUGUGGUAAAGCCCUGGACCAGCCGGUUGGAGAGUGGCUGGAGCACGUGGGGCUGCCGCAGUACGAGAGCAAGUUCCUGCUCAAUGGCUUCGACGACCUACGGUUCAUGGGAAGUAACGUGAUGGAGGACCAGGAUCUCAGGGACAUUGGGAUCACUGACCCAGGACACAGAAAGAAAAUACUCCAUGCGGCUCGCAGCUUGCCCAAGGUAAAAGCACUGGGCUGUGAUGGCAGCACAUCUCUUGUCUCCUGGCUGGACGGCCUCGGCCUGCAUGAGUAUCUGCCCAACUUUCUUUCAAGUGGCUACCGCACACUGGAGUGUGUAAAGAACUUGUGGGAACUGGAGAUUGUCAAUGUGAUUAAGAUUGGCGCCCUGGGCCACAGGAAGAGGAUCAUUGCCUCUCUAGCAGAGAGACCCUAUGAAGAGGCACCGACCAAAUCCCGUCGUCUGUCCCCAAUUAUGUUCCAUGACCUCCUGUCCCAGACCACAUCCCCCCUCAGUCAGAUGGACCCCUACACCAGUCGCUCCAUGGACAUGCUCCUCCCCCUGACUGAGCCGGACCGGAGGCGGAGGGGAGCUGACCCAGACUGUAGUGCUUCUCUGCGUUCACAUAGUGAGAGGCCGCGCUCUGUAGACAGACAGAGUGAACGACACAAAGACUCGCGGUUAAACCUCCGCCCGCCGAACCAGUCUGCUACCUACGCCACGGUGUCCGCCUGGCAUCACCAGCCUGAGAAGCUCAUCCUGGACUCCUGCGGGUACGAGGCAACAUACCUAGGGUCAAUGAUUAUCAGGGAUCUACGAGGGAUUGAGUCCACACAAGAUGCCUGUGCAAAAAUUAGGAAAUCAAAGGAUUCAAGAAAGGGUCCAGUUGUCAUACUGUCCAUUACCUAUAGAGGGGUCAAGUUCAUCGAUGCAGCCACAAAGACUAUAGUUGCAGAGCAUGAGAUCAGGAACAUUUCGUGCGCUGCCCAAGACCCAGAUGACCUCUGCACUUUUGCCUACAUUACCAAGGAUCUGAAGAGCGGCCAUCACUUCUGUCAUGUCUUCAGCUGUGUGGAAGUGACACAGACCUACGAGAUCAUCCUAACACUGGGACAGGCGUUUGAGGUGGCCUAUCAGAUGGCAAUGCAGUUCAGGGCAAGACACUAUGUCCCACCUACAUCUCUGUCCUCAGAGGUCAUAGAGACCAAAACCAGCCGUCCUGUAUCUCAGUCGUGGAGCAGCAUGCGGAGAUCAGCAGGUGCCCCUCUGCUCGAAUGCCGCUGCUGUCACUGUCACACGUGUACUUCCCACCGUCCUUCCUUCCUCCCGUUGCACUCCGUUAGCCCUGGAGUCCAGAUCGACCCCCUGGAGAUGGACGCAGACAUGCAUUCCCUGGGCAGCACCACCUGGCUCUUGGACCAGCGGGACUCCCACAGGCGCCCUGUCAGCACCAACUCACCCCAGCGUUCAAGUUUCCGGAUACCAAGCUGUGAGUUGAAGGGGAGCAGCCGAUGUGAGUGUGUGUGUUGAGUUAGUGGGCAGAGCAGUGGAAAAGAGGUAGAGAGAGAAAGAGAAAAGGUAAGCCUUAUGCAACGUGCAGGGCCAAUCAGCAACUCGGACAUUUAGUUCUCCCUCUAUAUAUCCCCUACUCCUCCGCUGCACCUGAUAUGAACCCCAACACACAGACCAAAGGUAACCUGUUGUCCCUCCUCACUGGCUACACAGGACCUGUGUGUCAAUCCUGUCUUGAGAGAGAGGUCAGUCAGAAAGGGUCAGGUCUAUUUCCUGGCCUCCAUGUGACUUUCUGAUCUUUUCAUGUAGGUACUGUAAUGUUUAGAGCACUGUAGACAAAUAAUGAGCAUUUCUAUUAAUUCAGGUCCAUAGGAGAAAGUAACUGUGGGAGUUAUUAAGGGUAAAACAAAAAUGUAACAAAGUGAAGAGGAAAAAAAGAAAACUGUACCAGCAUACAAUGCUUUGCCCAUGUUUGUGGACAGAGUAUGGUUUGUCAAUGAAUAUGUGAUACUGUAUCAAAUUUCAAAACAAAUGUUAAAUUAAUGAAAAAUUAAAUAAUACAUUGACAAAAGAAUCCCUCUCAAGUCUGUUGUCGGCAUUGCUUUUGUUUUAUGGUUACAAAGUAAAAGACAAAAAAAU